AUGAAUACGUUGAGAAAAAAAAGUGUUUUCCAAGUAAAGCAAAUCAAAACUCCUUCAACAGAAUCUACUAUAAGAAAGUCAUUGCAAUCUAGAUCUAAAAGGGCUAAUACUGAAUAUAAUUAUCCAGAAGUCAGUCAAUUUGAACCAUCUAAAAAAAGGAAUAGAGAAUAAUUCUUACCAUAAACACAUCAACAAUAUUUAAAAGCAAAAAGAGAUAUAGAAUAUACAAAUAAUUUUUAACAAAGAAAAAGAUAAUAAACUUAGCAUAACGAAAUUCCUUUUGAUUUAAAAUAAGCAUAUAUCAUCAAAAGACAAUCAGAAACAGGGAGAAAAAUAUUACAUAAAUCUUCUUUUGAAGAAAGUGUAUCUUCUCUUAUAACAAAAAAGAAAUUAGAUUCUUUUGGCAAAGAAUCUUUCUUACUUCAACCAAUAAAAAAAGAACCAAUUUUUGAAUAAGAAAAUUUGGGAUACCCAAGUCUUCAUUAAGAAUGGGAUAAAAGAUGGGAAUCCUUAUUUGAAACUUUCUUUGAAAUGAAAGCAGUCAAAUCAAAAAAUAUAUCCUAAUAAAUUGAAACUCGUAAAGAUAGUAGAGUUAAAUUUAGUAAAGGUAUUGUAAUGAAGUAUAAUUAAAGAUCAAUCAUUAAUAAAAUUAAUAAUGAUGAGAUUAAUAUAUUAAAAAGAGAAUUAUCUAAAUAGUUAUCAUAUAGAGAUAUUUAGAGAUUAGAUCCUAUUUUUUAAAAGAACAAAUUUUUUGCUAGAUUUAAUGAAAUCAUAAGAAAACUUAUUAUUCAGUAAUGCUAAUUAAGAGAGUAUUAGCCUGAUUAACUUGUAUUGUCAAAUGAAAUUAAUCGUGAUAAAGUAUUUGGAAUAGUUUUAGGAUCAUGUAAGGUUGUGAUGACUUCAUUCAACAAAAAUCAAGAAAUUUUAGGUAGAAUGGUUAUCAGAUCAAUUUAUGAUGGAUACCAUAUAAAUGUUGAUAAUUUAUUAAUUGAGAAAAAAAUAGAAGAUAUAAAAUAAAUGAAUGAUAUAUCAGAGGCUAAUUUAUAGCAAUAUGUAAAGAGUGAAAUAUAUGCAUAAGAGAAAUGUAUCUUAAUAGAAAUAAGUAGAGAAAUAUAUGAUAAUGUAUUAACUUAUGCUAUAGACGAGGGAAUGAAAGAAAAGAUUGAACUUUUAUAAAGGAUAAAAAUUUUAGGAUGUAAUAAAGAUUUAAGACCUUUGGCAGCAAUAUUACAUCAUCAUUAAUAUAAAUUUGGAGAUUUAAUUAUAUCAGCUUAAUAAGAAAUCAAUCAUUGCUAUUUUAUAAAGUCUGGAAGAGUUAAAGUGACAAUUUGUACUAGAAAAUAAAGAGAAUUAUUUAAUUAUUUGACAUAAACAACUCAAACAGAUUUAUAUGAUUUUUAAGAAGAAACAUCAAUUAUAAAGACAUCAAAAAAUAUUGAUCAUUGCGGUAAGAUUUUAAGAAUGAAUAAAAACAAUUGUCCUAUGAUGGAAAUGAAUAUUCAUAUUGAUAUAAAAAACUUAGAAGUUGGAGAAUUUUUUGGAGGAUCAAGUCUACUAACUCAAUAAGAGAUAAAAGUAACGAAUAGAUAUAAAAAAGAUAAAAUUGCAUUGGUUAGUUUGAUAGCUUUAACACCAAUUGUAGAAUUAUAUUCAAUAGAUAGUAUGGAAUUUGAGACUUUGCCAGAUGGUUUUUAACAUUAAUUAAAAGAGUUAAGUUCAUCAUAGUCAGAAUUUGAUGAUUUUGAUGUUAAUAAAAUUGUUAAUGAUUAUGAUUAAUGGUCAAUUUUAAAGCAAGCAUAUUAUAAAAGUUUAGUAAAAAAUUGA